AUGGGCACUUAUAAGUUUACCUGGGCUCAUCCGGCCGAGGAGGUUUAUGUUACCGGCACUUUCGACAACUGGACUAAGAGCGAGAAGUUGGAAAAGGUCGGCAGCUCUUUCGAGAAGACCGUCAAACUCGCCGACGCAUCGGAGAAGAUCUACUAUAAGUUUGUCGUCGACAACAAUUGGAUCACGGACCACACUGCCCCUCAAGAGCCUGAUCACGAGGGCAACGUAAACAACUUCCUGACCCCCGAUCAAAUCGUCAAGGAGGACACUACCGCCGCAGUCAUGAACACUGUUACCCCCGAAUCUACUACCGCCGCCUUGGCCAAGGACGUGCCUCUCGAGAAGGAGGAGCUUCCCCAGGCUACCCCCUCCGACAUUCCCGGCGGCUUUCCCGUCACCCCCGCCAAUGAGCUUGAUAAGUUUAUCGGCGUCAACCCUAUCCCCGCCCAAGAUGUUACCGCUGAGCCCGUAACCGUCGCACCUGGCGAACCCCUUCCCGCGUCUGUCAAGGCUGGCGAUAUCAACGAGCACGUCAAGCUUGACAAGGAAGGUUACGAGGACUCUAGCGCUCUGCCUGGCCUCUCCAAGGAGGAGACCACCGUCCCUGAGGUCAACAGCAACACGAUCCCUGAGUCCAGCUUGCCCAUUGCGACCGCGGAUGCCACCAUCAACAGCGCCGCACCCACAUCCACCACCGCUGCUCUGGCUGCCGAGGUUCCUCUUGAGACCAAGACUGCCGAGGUUCCCGAAGUUGUCAAGGAGAGCCAAGAGAAGGCCCACGCCGAGCCUGAGGCCAGCGCAAACCCUGAGGCUGUCCAGGAGAAGGCCGUUGUCGAGGACGAGCUCCUUGAGAAGGUCCCCACCGCUCCCUCGACAUCUGAGGGCACUGCCGGCUUCGGCACGCAGAAGACUGAGGCCGCUGGCGUCGUCGUCGCUACCGCUGCCACCGUUGGUGGUCUCGCUGCUGCCGCUGCCAUCAACGCCAAGGACACCGUUGUCGAGGCUGCUGCUCCUCACGUUGAGCAGGCUACCGUUGCCGCCACUGACGCCGCUGCUCAGCUCCCCGAGCCCGUCAAGGAGAGCCUGCCCGUGAGUGUUCAGGAGGCCAUCGGCGGUCAGACUAAGGAGGAGACACGCGAAGAGGUCGCUCCCGAAGUUCCCACUGUUGUCAAGGAGUCUAUUGCCGAGGCCGGCAAGAGCCCUGAGGCUGCCGUCAACACCGAGGCCGUUAUCGAGAAGAAGGAGGUCGAGGCUGAGCUCCUCAAGGAGGUCAAGCCUGUCCCCGCCGUCGGUGAGGAGACCAAGGUCGAGGCCGAGAAGCCCAAGGUCGAGGCUGCCAAGGAGGAGGUCAAGGAGACCAAGGAAGAAGUUAAGGUCGCCGUCACCAAGGACGAGUCUACCAACGGUGCCAACGGCGUUCACACCACCGCCAACGGUACCAACGGCGCAACCCUCACCUCCACCAAGGAGCCCGAAGCCCCCACCACCCCCGCCAAGGCCCCCUCCUCCGUUCCCGAGUCAACGACACCGAGCAACGUCAAGGCCGCCGAGAGCCCUUCGGGCACCGAGAAGAAGAAGAAGAACCGUCUGAGUGCCUUCAUCGGCAAGCUCAAGGCCAAGGUGCACAGCAAAUAA